UUCCUGGGGGGGACGGGGACCCCUUCUGGGUGGGGCGGGGAGAGGAGGAAACAUCGGGCCUCUCCGCUGCCGCUGUCACCUGCUCCUCCCCCCGCCCUCCUCCCUCCCCCCAUCUCUGCCUCAGCAUCUGGACCAGCCCCGAGGACCGCACCAUCGAUGCACCAUGUAAAGCCAGGCGGGGAUCCCGGAGCCUGCCGCGCCCUCAGCCCCACACAGGACCCCGCCCCACGGCCGUGGGGAAGCCGGGAACGUCUCCCUCCGCCCCCCCGCCCCGCGCCGGCUGCAGCAUGGCCUGGUGCCCCCAGAGCGGCGGGGGGCACGGUGCUGCCCAGCUCUGACCAGGGUCCCCCCAGACUGACCAGCCCGGCCUUGUCCAUGGAUUGGCCCCUUGGCCGUGCUCUGCCCGCCGGCCGCGGCUGCUAGGGGGGACCUGGCUUCGGAGGAUGGAGACCCCGGCAGAGAGCAGACGCUGAGCAGGGUUCCCCGUCCACCCCUCCCGCUGCCCCAGCACCAGGCCCACCGUCCGCCCGCCUGCCGCCCCCGGGGGCGCUGCCCAGAGCCAUGGGUGACCUGGCGAACAGCGCGGUGGAUUUCUACCCCAAGAGCCAGCGGCAGGAGCUGAACCAUGUGGCUGGCCUGGGCUGCACCCUGCCCGAGCUGCGGGGCCUCAUGGAGCUGCGCGGGGCCGAGGCCUUGCAGAAGAUCCAGGAUGGCUACACCAACGUCAGCGGGCUCUGCCGCCGGCUCAAGACCUCCCCGACCGAAGGCCUGUCGGACAACGCAGCCGACCUGGAGAAGCGGCGGCAGAUCUACGGCCAGAACUUCAUCCCACCCAAGCAGCCCAAGACCUUCCUGCAGCUGGUGUGGGAGGCUCUGCAGGACGUGACCCUGAUCAUCCUGGAGAUCGCGGCCAUCAUCUCCCUGGGGCUGUCCUUCUAUGCCCCGCCAGGAGAGGAGAGCGAAGCCUGCGGGAACCUGGCAGCGGGGGCGGAGGAUGAGGGCGAGGCAGAGGCCGGCUGGAUCGAGGGGGCGGCCAUCCUGCUCUCUGUUGUCUGCGUGGUGCUGGUUACGGCCUUCAACGACUGGAGCAAGGAGAAGCAGUUCCGGGGGCUCCAAAGCCGCAUCGAGCAGGAGCAGAAAUUCGCCGUCGUCCGAAAUGGGCAACAGAUUCAGAUCCCCGUGGCCGAGCUGGUGGUGGGAGACAUCGCCCAGAUCAAAUACGGCGACCUGCUCCCGGCUGAUGGGGUUCUGAUCCAGGGGAACGAUCUGAAGAUUGACGAGAGCUCCCUGACCGGGGAAUCGGACCAUGUGCGGAAAUCGGUGGAGAAAGAUCCCAUGCUGCUCUCAGGCACCCACGUCAUGGAAGGCUCGGGGCGGAUGGUCGUCACGGCCGUCGGGGUGAACUCCCAGACUGGGAUUAUCUUCACCUUGCUGGGAGCCAGUGGGGAGGAAGAGGAGAAGAAGGAUAAGAAAGGGAAGCCCCAGGACGGUGUGGUGGAGAAUAUUCAGAACAAAGCCAAGAAGCAGGAUGGGGCAGUGGCAAUGGAGAUGCAGCCACUGAAGAGCGCCGAGGGUGGCGAGAUGGAGGAUCGGGAGAAGAAGAAAACCAGUGUGUCCAAGAAAGAGAAAUCUGUGCUGCAGGGCAAGCUCACCAAACUCGCUGUGCAGAUUGGGAAAGCAGGUCUGGUGAUGUCGGCCAUCACCGUGAUCAUCCUGGUGCUGUACUUCGUGAUCCAGACCUUCGUGUUGGACGGGCGGGUUUGGCUAGCCGAGUGCACUCCUGUCUAUGUCCAGUACUUCGUCAAGUUCUUCAUCAUCGGUGUCACCGUGCUGGUGGUGGCCGUGCCCGAGGGGCUGCCCCUGGCUGUCACCAUCUCCCUGGCCUACUCCGUCAAGAAAAUGAUGAAGGACAAUAACCUGGUGCGGCACCUGGACGCCUGCGAAACCAUGGGCAACGCCACGGCCAUCUGCUCCGACAAGACGGGCACCCUCACCACCAACCGCAUGAUGGUCGUGCAGGCCUACCUGGGUGACACCCACUACCGCGAGACGCCCGCCCCCAGCAGCCUGGCGCCCCGCAUCCUUGACCUGCUGGUGCAUGCCAUCGCAAUCAACAGUGCCUACACCACCAAGAUACUACCUCCAGAGAAGGAUGGGGGCCUGCCGCGGCAGGUGGGCAACAAGACGGAGUGUGCCUUGCUGGGCUUCCUGCGGGACCUGCACCGCGACUACCAGCCCGUGCGCGACCAGCUGCCGGAGGAGAAGCUCUACAAGGUCUAUACGUUCAACUCAGUCCGCAAAUCCAUGAGCACCGUCACCCGCCUGCCCCAGGGCGGCUUCCGCGUCUUCAGCAAGGGCGCCUCCGAGAUCCUGCUCAAAAAGUGCUCCAACAUCCUGAGCAGCAGUGGGGAGGUGCGCAGCUUCCGCCCACGGGACCGGGAUGACAUGGUGAAGAAGGUGAUCGAGCCCAUGGCGUGUGAGGGGCUGCGCACCAUCUGCCUGGCCUUCCGGGACUUCGCCGCUGGCCCGGAGCCCAACUGGGAGAACGAGAACGACAUCGUGGGCGAGCUCACGUGCAUCGCUGUGGUCGGCAUCGAGGACCCCGUCCGGCCCGAGGUCCCCGAGGCCAUCUGCAAAUGCCAGAAGGCCGGGAUCACUGUCCGGAUGGUGACGGGUGACAACAUCAACACAGCCCGGGCCAUUGCCGCCAAGUGCGGGAUCCUCCAGCCUGGGGAGGACUUCCUGUGCCUGGAGGGGAAGGACUUCAACCGGCGCAUCCGCAACGAGAAGGGAGAGAUUGAGCAGGAGCGACUGGAUAAGAUCUGGCCCAAGCUGAGGGUCCUGGCCCGAUCGUCCCCCACUGAUAAACACACCCUGGUGAAAGGCAUCAUCGACAGCACCAUCGGGGAGCAGCGGCAGGUCGUGGCCGUGACGGGGGACGGCACGAACGAUGGGCCAGCGCUCAAGAAGGCCGACGUCGGCUUUGCUAUGGGCAUCGCCGGCACCGACGUCGCCAAGGAGGCCUCGGACAUCAUCCUGACUGACGACAACUUCUCCAGCAUCGUCAAGGCGGUGAUGUGGGGCCGCAACGUCUAUGACAGCAUCUCCAAGUUCCUGCAAUUCCAGCUCACCGUCAACGUGGUGGCCGUGGUGGUGGCCUUCACCGGCGCCUGCAUCACCCAGGACUCCCCGCUCAAGGCAGUGCAGAUGCUGUGGGUCAAUCUCAUCAUGGACACCUUCGCCUCCCUGGCGCUGGCCACCGAGCCGCCCACCGAGUCGCUGCUGCUUCGCAAGCCCUACGGGCGCGACAAACCCCUCAUCUCCCGCACCAUGAUGAAGAACAUCGUGGGCCAUGGCGUCUACCAGCUCAGCAUCAUCUUCACCCUGCUUUUCGCGGGGGAGAUUUUCUUCGAUAUCGACAGCGGGCGGAACGCCCCCCUGCACGCACCUCCGUCGGAGCAUUACACCAUCAUCUUCAACACCUUCGUCCUGAUGCAGCUGUUCAACGAGGUGAACGCCCGCAAGAUCCACGGCGAGCGCAACGUCUUCCAGGGCGUCUCCGGGAACCCCAUCUUCUGCGCCAUAGUGCUGGGCACCUUCGCCAUCCAGAUCGUCAUCGUGCAGUUCGGGGGGAAGCCGUUCAGCUGCUCACCUCUCGACGCCGAGCAAUGGCUCUGGUGCCUCUUCGUAGGGGUCGGCGAGCUCGUGUGGGGACAGCUGAUCGCCACCAUCCCCACCAGCCACCUGAAAUGCCUGAAGGAGGCAGGGCAUGGGCCCGGCAAGGACGACAUCACGGAUGAGGAGAUGGCAGAGGACGAGGAGGAGAUAGACCAUGCCGAGCGGGAGCUGCGCCGUGGCCAGAUCCUCUGGUUCCGCGGCCUUAACCGCAUCCAGACCCAGAUGGAAGUAGUUAGCACCUUCAAGAGAAGCGGCUCCUUUCAGGGGGCUGUGCGGCGCCGCUCCUCGGUCCUCAGCCAGCUGCACGAAGUAACCAAUCUUUCUACCCCUACUCACAUCCGCGUAGUGAAAGCGUUCCGUAGCUCGCUCUAUGAAGGGCUGGAGAAGCCGGACUCCAAGACCUCGAUCCACAACUUCAUGGCCACCCCGGAGUUCCUGCUGAACGACUACACCCACAACAUCCCCCUGAUCGAUGACACCGACGUGGAGGAGAGCGAGGCGGCCCGCCGGCCCCCCAGCCCCCCGCCCACUCCCAACAAGAACAACAACGCCAUCGACAGCGGCGUCUACCUGGCCACCGACGAGGGCUCCAAGUCUCCUGCCUCUGCCAGCCCCGCCAGCCCGCUCCACAGCGUGGAAACGUCCCUGUGACGCCCCAGCAGGCUGGCCCCACAGCAUGGGGGCAGGAAAAUCAAGCAGCCAGAGAGACGGGGGGGCCGGGCUCCUUCGGCUUGUCGGAGCGUGAACUGGCUGCGGACAGAGCUGGAUCUGGGAGGGGCCCCUGUUUCUCUGGGGAGCCCCAGCACCGCGCGCUGCGCCCCCCAGCCCCGGCGUGCACUCCGGGCCUGCCAGCCCAGACAGACUCUUUGUGGUGCCAGAGCUGGCCAGGAAGGCCCCGCCACAGGCGGGGCGAGGGCCCAUUUAGCGAUCUAUAGCCUCAAUAUAUAUACGAUACCGACUGACUGUCUUAUGGGACUGACCAUCGCAUGCCGGCCCCACAUGCUACUUCCCACCACCACCACCCAGCAUCCCCCCCUCCCCGGGGCAAAUUUUCAGCCCGAGCAGUGGGAGGGAGAUUGUGCGUUUUGGUUUGUUUGUUUUUUAAAGUUGGGUGCUGGAGCCGGUGUUUAACAAGGGCUUGGUCGUGAAAACAUGGCAGGAGCAUUGGAGUUGGGGGGCCACAGCACUGGAGAUCAGGGCCUGUCAUGCUGGACCCUGCCCGGACCCUCAACCAAGAGCGGAGCCCCCGGUGUGCCACGUAGCCCCCGAUCCAGAUGGGGGCCCCAUCAUACCAGGUGCUGCACAGACCCUCCUGACCCAGAUCGGGGACCCCCAUCAUGCUGGGUGCUGCGCAGAUCCAGCAUGAGAGGCAGUGCCCGCCCCCCCAACAAUGCUGUAAGUCUCUGUCAGUGUUAGGCCCCCUCCAGCACUGCUGGUGGGGAGAUGCUACAGCCCAGGAGGGGGCCCGCAUGCUGCAGGGGCGGGAGGGGCAUUGGAUCUGGUUCCCAAAGUGAUGCUGAGUUCCCAACGCCCCAAGGCCUGUUUCUGCCCUGUGUGCCCCCAGCCUCCUUGGGGGUCCCUCAGUCACCACGGAGAUCUGGGGGUGUAGGGAGCUGUCCCAGGCACAAGCUAGGGCUGGCCCUUGUAUGUUAUUUACAGACCUUCAGAUCCCCCACCUGAGGCUGGGAGCCAGGACUCCUGGGUUCUCUCCCUGGCUCUGGGAGGGGAGUAGGGUCCAGUGGUUAGAGCGGGGGGGGCUGAGAGGCAGGACGCCUAGGUUCUACCCCUGGCUCUGGUAGGGCAAGUACCUGCUCCUGCUUAAAUUUUCCCUUCUGGCACAAUCCUUCUCAAAAGCCCCAUGUGGGAGGCAGGAGCAAUGGGGGUGGGGGUCCCAUAUUUCCUAUGAGGCCCCUUUCCCAUUUCCACACCUAACCCCGCGUCCAACCACCAGCGCCAGCACUCUCAAAAGCCAUGCCUUCUGGCUAAGGGUAACCUCACCCCGGUGAGGACGGUUCUUCUGCCCUCCAGCCCAGCCCCUUGACUCCCUGGGCGGGCGAAUCCAGGAAAUCUCACCUCCGUCCAUCCAGCUUGUUCUCAUUCAAUGUUGUACAUAUAUUGACAGAGUGGGGCAGGGGGAGGGGUGAAUAUAUAGAGAUAUAUUUAAAAAAAAACAACAAACCUUUAAAAACCCAACACUCCCCGCUCACUUUUCAGCCGUGUAAACCUCGCUGGGUCUAACCACACCCACGCGGGGGAUCCGUUCUGGUUCCUUCCUUUCCUGCAACCGGGGACACACACAGACUGCCUUUGAUUUUUUUUAAGGAACAAACAAAAAUCAAUUUGAGGUUUCUAUGGGUGUCCCCGCCCCCCCUUCCCACAGUGUGGGGGCGGAUUUCGGACUGAAAUUGUGACCCCCCACCAUGCCCAUUUCCGGAUCAAAGCAUAUAACUCCACUGAAUGGCUCGAUCAAGUUUGUUCAUAUUAUUAAAAAUUAAUAAAAUAACUC